UACAUGUGGAACGAGAUGAUUACGAGCAUCAUUCAUCAAUCAAAUGUGAUGAAGCAGGUUCCUCGACCAUGUCGAACUAGACCAUUCUCUGGUCAUAUGCUUGUAGAAGAUAUGUUGGCUGGACAUCCUGAUCGUUCAUAUUCUUGUUUUCGAAUGAGUUCUGAGGCAAUUCUUUUGCUUAAAAAUGUUCUAAUUGAGAAGAAUGCUUUAAGGCCAACUAGAUAUUUAAGCUGCAAUGAACAACUUUGUAUAUUUCUCUACGGAAUUUCGCAUGCCCUUUCAAAUCGAGUAUUAGCUGAGAUAUUUCAACAUUCAGGAGAGACUAUUAGCAGGCAUUAUAAUAACGUGCUUAAUGCUAUUUUAUCUUUGAAACAAGAUUAUAUCCAGCUUCCAACGGCUGACGUAGACGUUCAUCCUAAGAUUCGAGAGAAUCCCAAUUUCUUCCCAUAUUUCAAGAAAGCAUUGGGAGCAAUUGAUGGAUCUCAUAUUCCUGUAAUUGUGAAGAAAAAGAAACACAACAGCAUCUGAUAUGUCAGUACUUCGUGCAACACUGGAAGAUGGUAAAUUUAAUGUUCCUGAAGAGAUGAAUGAGGAUGAAGAUGAGGUGGAGGAGGAAGAAGACCCCCAAUACAUGGUUGGUGCAGAUGAAAGUUUAAGGGGUGAGCAGCUUCGCAACAGGAUUGCUUUACAGCUUUGGAAUAAUUGAAAUAUGUAGUUGUCGAAUAUUGAAGUAUA